AUGGCAGGCGAGGAGCGGAAGAAAAAGGUGCUUAUCGUAGGCGCGGGUGCUGCUGGCAUGUCAUGCGCCUACCACCUGUCGAACCAUCCUGAGAAAUUCGACGUCACUGUCAUCGAAGCCGCCAACUACUGCGGCGGUCAAGCCUUCUCCAUCCCCCUUGACAAGCAGAAGCACGGGGCAUCAUGGCUCAACCAAGGCGUUCAAGGUGGUUCUUACAUCUUCCACCACACCAUGACGAUGUUCGCCCGUCAGGGGUACGCUGCCAACCCUGUCAAGCUUCAAGUCUCCUUCGGUAAGGAUAAUAGGUUCUGGACGAACGUAUAUCCCACCAAGCUCCUGGAACGACACCAAAGCGAAGUCAAGCGCUUUUACCGGAUGCUAUCCUUCCUUCGAUGGUUCGAGCUGAUCUUCGCGUUGCUGCCCAUCAAAUACCUGAUGAAGCUCUUCUGGUUCAGCUACGAGUUCGCGAACACGGUUGCUCUGCCCAUGGUAGCCCUGUUUCUGGGCACUGGAAACUACACGCCUGACGUACCCACCAUAAUCCUCGAGCGACUGUGCACAAGUCCGACAUAUGGAAUGUGGUAUCCAGCUGAUAAGGAGAGCAUCGCCAGUAACUUGCCACCCAUGAUUGUUUUUCCAAACUUUAGCAAUUUUUACGAGGACUGGCGCGAGGAUCUGGUGAAGAGAGGGGUAAACAUUCGACUGUCUACCGAGGUAACCCAGAUACUGAGUCGCGACAAGAAUGGAGUGGUGGUCAAGACUAUCAAGCGGACCCCAAUGCCGGACAACCAUAACCCUACGAGCGCUUGGGCAACUGAGGAUCCGGUCAUGAACGCUGAUGCCGACGCCGAAGAGACAACCGAACACUAUGACGAGAUUGUAAUCUGCUGCCUUGCCGACACAGCCAAACGCCUCCUUGGCCGAACCGCCUCCCUCCGCGAGCGCCAAGUCCUAGGCUCCGCCAAGUUUUCCGACGACAUCACCAUCACCCACCACGACUCCUCCUACAUGCGCAAGCACUAUGAGAACUUCUUCAAUCCAUCCCAAGCCGUCACAUCCCUUUCCGGCGUCGACCACUCCUCCCGUGUUAAGUUCGCCCGCGACAACUUCCGCCCCAUGUACUACAUCAAGCCCUACGACGCCGACCUGACCAAGCUCGAGAUGUGCUUUGACUGCACCAACUACCAGGCCCAGUUCCCGCCCGAGGUUGACUUUGACAACCACGUGUUCCAGACCAUCUACCUCAACAAGCAGCGCGACGGACAUCUCUGGACUGACGACGAGAUCGACGAGUCAAAGAUCAUCCGCAAGGACUGGUGGCAUCAGCUAUGUCACUCGUGGACGCACUACGCUUUUGUGGUGCCCUGGAUGUGGCUGCUCCAAGGAAGAAGGCACACGCGGUUUGCAAGCUCGUGGACGAUGAUCAAUGCGCAUGAGGUGGCAGUCAUGAGCGGGAUUGCGGCCGCGGUCGAUUUGGGGGCACAGUACCCAGAGGAUCUGGAAAGGGACGGGUUUGCCCUGUUGAGCUUUAGGCUGUAUUACCUGCUGAUAUAUGGACGGUGGUAUAGGAGGAAGGUGAAGAAGGAGGAUAGGAUGGGGGAGGGACACGAGUGGGCGUCGGGGCUAUAUGGGAGCGUUUACAAGGGGCCAGGUGUGAUAGAGAAGGAAAGAGAGAUGUGGAGGGAGGAGAGGGCCAAGGAGGAAUGA